UUUAAAUCCACAGCCAUUAAUCUGAGCUCAGCUACGCCGCCGCUGCUGCUGCUUUACUAGUCAACAGAACCGAGAUAAUGAUGGAUAUACCCGUCAGCUAGCCUGCCGUCGUGUGUUUGAGCGGUUCUGUUGGGGCGGUUCGGUGUUGCGGGUCGAGUUAAGCGGGGGUUUGUGAGCCCGGGUCGAGCUCCGCGGUCGCUCUCGGUUCCUCUUUAUUUUCUGCCGCAGUCAGAAAUUAUUUCAGCUCCGGGCAGCGGCGGCGCGGCGGAGCUGCUUCAGGCCGGCCAGCGGCGCUCUGCCCUUUCCCCAACCGAACCAGCGAGCUAAACACCGAAUACCGAGCGCGGUAUUAUUUAUUUCCUCAAUUAUCCGCGCGUUAGUGCUUUAAUACAGCGAUAUUAACCCAGCCAGCUGCAGUUAUUCAUCGCGCCGCUGCGCUGUGUGUUUGUGUGCGGUUGGUUAGCUGAGCUAAGCUAAGCUAGUUAGUAACAUUAGCGCUGGGUUAGCUAAGCUAGCGGCUAACCGAAUUUCCUCACGUUAAAUAAAAGCUAAUAACGCUUCUACAGCAAACCCAGACCCACCAACUGAUCCACAGCACGCCCAGCUUCAGAGGCGCUGCAAAGCAGAGAAAGGCUUGAGGGAAAAUCACAUACAGGGUCUUUGUGCCAGGGUUUGCCCCCCUCGGACGCAUCAGUGUUUCCUGUCUCCCUUCCUCUUUGACCGGAGCCAUGACUGCUCAGAGAGAAUCCGACACAGUGAGCCUGCGUCUGAUCCUUGUGAGUGGGAAGACUCAGGACUUCACCUUCUCUCCCAACGACUCGGCCACAGACAUCGCUCGCCACGUCUUUGAAAACUGGCCAGCAGGAUGGGAGGAGGAGCAGGUGAGCAGCCCCGGUAUUCUCAGACUCAUCUUCCAGGGCCGGUUCCUACAUGGCAAUGUCACACUAGGAGCUCUGAAGUUGCCCCCUGGUCGAACAACUGUCAUGCACUUGGUUGCCAGAGAGACCCUGCCAGAGCCCAACUCUCAUGGCCAAAGGAACCGGGAGAAGACUACAGAAAGCAGCUGCUGCCUACUGCUGUAAACCAGAAGAACAGACGAACAACUACCCGCUCCCCCUCAAAAACAUCCCUCUGUUCCUCAGCCCCUUCUGCCUUUCUCUGCUUGCCAACCCACGGUGUAUUCUGAAUGAUUACGGAACAGCUCGAGGGUCAGAUUGAUCGAUUAUUUUCAUUCAGUUGAUUUCAUUCCUGUACAGUAGCUGGGAACUUUGUGCCAAGUACUCAAAUAUGUUUUUCGUUUGCCCUUUUUCGUUGCCAAAAUUAAGGAACUCUUUACUUAAUCAAAUCAUGAUAAGGAUCUGUACAUAUCCCUCUUUUAAAAGACAAUAAUUUGGAUGAUGAUAAACAGUGGUAAUGUGAAAUACCUGGGUUUUUCAAGAUGUCAACAAAGAAAACCUGAGAGGGAAGAGCCGUGUGGGGAUUGCUGUACUCUAGAGAGAGAAACUGGAAGUCCCUUUCUUUCCUGAAAUUACACAAGUUUUUCCAAACAUUAGCAAUCUGUCAAGGUAUACCAGUCACAGACCCUUAACCUGGACUUGCACUUACUAACUUGGAUCCUUAAGUCAUUGUGCUUGGUGGUCUUGAUCAUCUCUGCCUCAGACUUCCUGAGUGAUGGGUCUCAGACGGCUGGACUUGGACCUCUCCACGGGUAAAAGGCUUGACCUCCAUCAUUGCCUGUUGUGUAAAAGUAAGCCAGUUUCAUUGUAAUGCAAAGGGCAAGUGCAGAGGAGUGUGCUCCAGCAUUGAUUGACAGACUGAUAGCACAUACCAUGACCACCCAUACGUUUGCCUUUACAGCGCAGGAGAUUGAACUCUGUUGUGCGGCUCUUUUAUUUAUAUAUUUUGUUUCCUGCCCUAACAGCUGUGUCAACAUGUGCAUGCCCUAGUCUAGUGUUUUCUCAACCUGGGUGUGUACCUACCUACCUACCUGCCUUCUUAGAACCGUUAUGUGCUGGAAUAGUGAGUGAAGGCCCCUAAAACCCUUAAAAGUGAGUGAAAAGAUUGCCAAAUGUUGAAGGAAGGACAUGAACUGCUCCUGUUGCUGGAACAGGAACUAUUUACUCAUCCCCUUCGCCUCAGCUACCUUCGAAGCACUCUCGUCUGCUAACACAUCCCAAGGGACGACCGCCCACCCACCGCCGUCUGACGAGAGGAAUAAGAAUAAGGGAAACGUCAGAAGGCUCCUGCUUGAAAGCCUCAGCUAUAAGGGCUGCUUUGGAAGCACGAUGAAUUCCUGGACCCCCCUGCUGAGCUGCACUGGCAAGGGCAAAGACGAGGAGCGAACAGCGGCUGGCAUCCCCUAAUGGGAACCCCCCCCCCGCUGGGCCAGGAGAAAAUAUGGGUGUUUUAUUUCCUAAUGUUUGUAUGCUGUCCUUUUUUCUUUCUUUUUAUUUUUUUCCUUCAUUUGCCUUCUGAUUGUGGCGAAUUAAUAUUAUUAAUAAUCGAAUUCUAAAAAAGUCCUUUGUAAUCUUUGUGUCUAUGUAGUUCAGGUUUUAAAUUGGUACACAUUUAACGGUUGACUGACGCGUGCAAGUGCGAGACGUGAGACUUUUUGGGAGCGGAUGUCACAAAUGAUACAGGAGGACACGGAUCAGUCACGGGCGACUGCAGCCCAGUCCAAGAAGACUGUCUCAGCUCUUCCUUUGAGUGACCAUCCCUCAGCGAGUGUGUAUUAAUCAUUGUCACAGCUAUGAAAUUAGCAUCAGAAUAUUAAAUGUAAAGAAAAAAAUACAAUCUGCUUAAAAGCCUGUAUUAUAAAUUAAUAAAAAAAAAUCUUUCAAGUAA